UGGUGGAAUGAGUGCAGACUCACACUGUGGAUGGUGGAAUGAGUGCAGACUCACACUGUGGAUGGUGGAAUGAGUGCAGACUCACACUGUGGAUGGAGUAGAAAGUCUCUAACUUACCCUUCUCUCUCUUUCAGGUCCAUCAUGUACAAACUAGAUCUACCUGUGGAUUUGAAGGAAGCCGCUCUGCUGGAGAGGAGGAGAAACGCAGAGCUGCAAAGACAGGACAGGAUCUUUAACAGCAAAGCCAGGACCAUAGGGGUUGAUAAGCAGGCGCUUGAUGUCCAAGUACACAAUAAAAAUAUUCAAAAGGAAAUUGAAAACAAAAGAGAGGAAGCCUAUGCUUCACAAAUGAAACAACAUGACAGCAUUGUCUGCUUACUGGACAAGAGACAACAAGAAGACAUUAAAAACCUGAACAGGGCCAUCGAUGAGUUCCGGCUGGGCUUGCAGAAGAAAGAGAAUCGCAGGGAAUUUGAUCUGUAUGACCCGCAGGCCCUGAAGAAGGACCUCCCUGCCCGCCUGUCUGAUGAAGACCCUCGUUGCAGCGUUUCCGGCGUGCAGAAAUUGAUGGGAGAAGAUUUAAAUCAGAGGAACCGAAAAAAAGAUCAACAGGAGCAGCUAAGAGAAUGGUCCCUGCAGCAGCAGCAUGAGUGGGCGCAUGCAUUAGAAGAUCAGAAGCUGUCAGAAAGUCUCUAUGACAAGAUGAGAAUUGAACUUGACCAGAAGGCAAUGGAGUUACAGAAAAUGGAGGAGAGCGCGAGGAAAGCUAUCUGUAUGCACACAAAGAAUUUCAACAAAGCGCAGGCUGCAGAAAAUUCCAAAAGAAAAGAGUUGGAGAAGAAUCUGGAAAUAGAAGACAAUUUGGCGGAAAUCAAUAACCUCGUAGAAGGGGAUCUUCUUUCCGAAAAUCCUGAUCAGGCAUCAAGUGUGUUUGGUCCUCAUCGUGUGGUCCCAGAUCGCUGGAAAGGAAUGACCCCCCAGCAGGUGCAGGAAAUACAAAAUAUACAACAGCAGCAGAUACAAGAGCACCUGAGAAUUAAGGAGGAAGAGAGACAAAAAGCAGCAGAGUGGGAUAGGCAGAGAGUGCAUGCCGCCCGGGAAAUGACACUCCUAGAACGGCAGCAGAAAAGGCAAGAACGAGAGCUGCGCAAAGCGCAAGAUCACAUCAAUCAGCAGCUUGCACAGGCAAACAAAGCUCAGAAGAUCUACUUGGACAAAGAAGUGUUUGUGAACAACCCAACAGUUCAGUAUUUCGAGCAGUUCAACACAAGCAGCCGGUGAAAGUACAGAGAUUGUUUUUGUAUUAAUAAAACCACUAAAUUAGAUCUACCAUAUCUGAUGGCUUAUCUCAUUAAAUUAACCUUUUAGAAAAGCA